GAUUGGCUACUCCGUAAUCCAAUUAAAGGAACAAUCUACAUUUCAAUUCAAAACUAAUGAAGUGUAGAGAAUUCGCAACAAAGGCUGACAUGUGUUGAUUGUUUCGGCGACUGCAGUGCUGGUAUUUGAAAGUCGUGGGUUUCUUCUGGCCGGGGAGUCAGACCAUAUAGUCCAUAUAGACACGUAAUACCUGGCUUUUCGGAGCCAUUACUAACAAGCUUCCCUGUAGAGCACCCAGCGUUCCAGCUGCCCAACUUCCGUCCAGCACAAACACACAUUGUGCGUAGUCCAAACAAUUCAUUGAUUGAUUGUCGAUAUGGCGAUCAAUUAGACAGAUUAUGGUUUUCAUUGAUCGCCAUUCAGCAGCAGUAGUGACAAACCCAGGGACAGCUGUCAAUGGCCACUUGUAUCUAUGUAUAUACUGGUACACAUGUAUAACCGCCGACUUCCAUUUCGAUUUCUAUUCUCGGCAGCACACCAUUCUGAUUCUCCUACUGCUACUGGGGCUCGUUCUGUGGACCGAUUCCUCGCUAGCCGCCCGUCGCCUGAGGAAGAAGCCCAAGGUCUACAACGCGCUCAUCACCACCGAUGACAACCUCACCUCCAGCCGCGCCUACCCGGUCAUCCAGCCCACCAUCCACGAGCCGGGCUACGCCCCCUUUGGACCCUACAAUCCCUACGGAUUCUACAGUCCGCCGAUCGUCAGGUUCGGCCAGCCGAUUGUCCCGGGAUUGACGCCAAACGAGAGGCUCCCUUACCCCCUGCCAUCUGCCGCCCAGUAUCCCGCUGGCUAUGCUCCAUAUGAACCCCAACAACCGGUGGAGGCGCCAGUGGAGCAGCAGGCGGCGUCGCCACCGGGAACCGUGGAGCGCCAGGAGAUGACCAAGGAGCAGAUGCCACUGCCGCUGAAUCAGCAGGGACUGCCGCCCGUGCUGAUCCCACUGCCCUCCCAGUUCAGAGGCCAACCCAUGCACCUGCCCCCGUAUCCGUACAGCCAGUACCCAGUGAUCUACGACCAAGCGGGCUUCAUUAGGCAGAACUACCUGCCGCCCUACGACUACUACCCCAGCCAGGGUUAUCCCGUGCGGGGAGCCACUUUGCCGCGCGAGGAGCAGGAACAGCCACUGAAUCCCGUCCAGAGUCCACCUCCGCCACAACCACUUCCCCUGGAGAAUCUGGAGCCGGCGCAGCCCAGCUUCGAGGACAUUCGCAACGGAUCGGAGAGCAAAAACAGCGCGGUGCCGGAUGUUCCACCUCCGCCAAUACCCUCCGGACCCAAGCGUCCUCGGCCCGCGGAACCGGAACCGGAAGCGGAACGCAAACCGGAAACGGACAACUGAUUGCGGGCUGCCCAGAUUCCACACACGUAUUUAUUACCAUUUCGCUUAGGCAUAAUAUCGAUUCGAUUGUACAAUGUCGCCUUAACCCGUAAGCUAAAGUAAGAGUUUAUUCAGAGAUAACGAAUAAAAAACAUAAAAUCGCACUGGCGGUGAUUGAACU